AUCGCCGCACGUAAUCAAUCCUCUCUGCUCCUUCCCGCUCGUCUCGGCUAGCGGGCGUGCCUCGUUCCCCUGUCCACCACAGAUUCCACACCCCCGCCAUAGCACGCGAUGCCGCAGCUGAGCCUGAGCACCAACGUGCCGGUGGACGCCGUCGCCGCCGCCGACAUCCUCCGGGACUGCUCCAGGGCGCUCGCCAGGAUCAUCGGCAAGCCAGAAUCCUACGUGACGGUGUCGAUCGACGGGUCGGUGCCGACGUCGUUCGCGGGGAGCGAGGAGCCCGCGGCGUACGGGGAGAUCAUGUCCAUCGGGGGCCUCGGCCCCGGCGUCAACGGCAAGCUCAGCGCCGCCCUCGCCGACAUCCUCGAGGCCAAGCUCUCCGUCAGCGCCAGCAGGUUCUACGUCAAGUUCGACGAUGUCCAGGGGUACAAUGUGGGCUUCAACGGAACCACGUUCUAAGACAAAUCCAUCAGAAGAAAGAUGUUGGCGACAGUAGUGAACCAGUCCCAUACCAUGCCCCACUGUGUACCAUCUGCAUCUUGGAUUUCCGUCAGUUAAUAUUUCUCACAUAUCUGAAGUACUGGUACUGUGAUUUUAAGUCAACCCAAUGCAAGUUCUGCUUUUGUUUGCUUA